ACACCAGGAACGUCAACCCACGUGUCUGGGAGUGUGUGUACCUAACCUCGCUAAACUCGCAAUAUGGUGCCACGUGGAUAACCCAAAAUUCCAAGGAUAAUGUCCCUGGAAAUCGCUCCCCACGUGUACCAGUGGCUGACGGCGUCCAACUUUACCGCCGGAACGCACCAGGACCUGCAGGAACCGAUGAGUCGCGACACGAACCUGGUCGGAUAUUGGGAGCAAUCGCUGAAGAAUCUUACUACGCAGCAGCGAACCGUGUUCACCGUGAUUGUUAUCUUGGUCGGGGUGUUGGCGAUAUUCGGGAACCUGCUGACGGUUAUUACGAACGUUCGCCGGAAGCAACGGCAUCUGUUCCGGGUUUGCCUGCUGACGCUGGCCUUGAGCGACAUUUGCUUCGUGACCGUGACCUCGAUCGUGUAUUUGUCGCAGUUCAACACGGAGUACAACUCGUUGUGGACAUUGGGAGAAGUGGCAUGCAACUUGGCACCAUUCUUCCAAACUAUGGCCGUCCUGGUCAACAGCAUUACCCUGGUAGCGAUCGCUCUCGAUCGCUACAUGGCCGUUGUACGACUAACCAAAGGAAUCUGGGAACCAAGUGGAAUCUUUUGCAUCAUCUGCUCGAUACUGAUCUGGGGCCUCGCAGCUGGAAUAUCUACCCCGAUGCUAACGCUCUACGAGAUCUACAACGUAGUCGUUCUGCUAGCGGACCCAGCUCAUCCAAAAGUGAUCACCGGUUACUUCAUGGCUGAAAUGUGCGCCACGGAUAAGACCAAGAACGGCUACUACUUUGGAAUCGUUUUCACGGUGAUCUUCCUGCCAGCACUACUGUCCUUCCUGUGGCUCAACUCCGUAAUAGCCAAAGAAAUCUGGACCCGUCGCAACCCGAUCCAAACCCUGGCCAACCUACCCAAGAAAUCCAAGAAACCCUCACCGACGGACACCUCCGGCGAUCGCAAAACCACCACCACGACCAACAUCAGCUCGACAAUCCCAAUAGGUCGUCACACCUCCCAAAAGUGCACCUGUAUCAACUGCCUGGACGUCAACUCCCCACCCCGGGAACCUCCACCCCCUCCCCCACUUCCCCCAAGACCCGCAACCCACGCUAGUCCCGCAACCAAGGACCGAAAACGGCGCCAACUCCGCAUGUUCAAGGCCAUCGUGUUCAUCAUAGCGGUGUUCUUCUGCUGUCGACUUCCGAUGUGGGUCUACCUGCUGGUCAAGCUACACGGGGUGGCCAACACCAACUCGCACUGGGUUCUGCACUACACCUUCGGGAUCAUGGCGAUGGUCAACUGUGUGCUCAACCCGUUGAUCUACACGUUCCUGAGUGAGACCAUCAAGUUCAGCAUAUUCUGCAAGACGCUCUGUUUGCGCUUUUGGGUGGAUCCUUGCAGGAGGAGUUUGGACCGGAUGAAGACCAGGGGGUGGAAACCAAAGGAGGAGGUUCGGAAGCCGUGCUGUGCGGCAAGUGCCAAGCGGACAUCCCAUCGGGGUGGGAUAUUUUUCGGGGAUUAG